AUGCUAUGCCGUGCUAUAUUCAGCAGGGACAUCGAGCUGAUCCAACUCUGCCUGUCACAUGGUGCCAAGCUGGACUGCUGGGCUCAUGAAUCGAUCGGUCGAAACUGUACGCUUGAGCUGAUGAGGAUCUUCAUCCCAUCGCUCCUGGAUGUCAACUACAACGUGGACCGACUUGGCGGCUAUCUCACCUUUGCUAUACGUGGAGAUGAUUCCAAACUUCAUCAUCAGUUUAACAUGAUGGAAUUACUUUUCCGACCUGAGGUGGAUAUCAAUGAUAAUGCGAAGGAGCUGCGCCGUAUGUGUUUCAUGCUGCGGCAUAAGGAGCGCACGGCACUGCAUGAGGCUGCUUCGGAGGGCAAUGCGGAUGUAGUGAGCUACUUGCUUGAGCGAGGGGCUAAUCCUGAUUUUCGUGAUCUCGAUGGACAGACGCCAUUGAUGUUAGCUCAGACGGACGGUCGCCAGGAGGUGGUGGAGAUUUUGGAAAUGAAACAGGCAUAA